CUGAUCUCAGCCCCGUGCUUUACAAAAGAAUCCCCAGGCCCUCUCUUUUCGGCCCAGGCUUUUCCUUCCCAUCAUCACCAUCCAACAAUACAACAAGGCAAACAUCAAACAUCAAACAUCGACAUUGAAUGCCCCGCCUAGAACAGCCUUGCUUGCAAGCCACGUUCCAUCCCAGCCUAACAUAACCGACCAUCAGUGCCACCCCACCAAGUGACUCACAAAUCAGAAGCCACUAAAAAAGUCGAAAUGCCUUCCACCAUCAGCUUUUCCGCUGUUCCAGCGAAGAAAUCAUCAACCCAAUCCAUCUACACCCGCCCAGCAAAGAAGCAGAAGAUGAGCAUCACUCAAACUUACUUCCUUGCUCACAGUGCCCGUGGUAAGCUCUCCAAGGAGGCUUCCCGGCCUGAUCACGAUCUCCGACUCCUGGUCGGACACGCCAACAUGCUCGACUCGUUGAUGCUUGACCUGGCCAACGCCGAACAGGAGCAAGAACGGUGGUUCAACAACAUUGUCUCCGGUUCACAAGAUGAAGAGGAGGAGCGACCACGACAUGUCGAGACCAUUGUCGAGGAACCUGAAGCCGAUUGGGAAGCCGAGGAUGCUGAUUCCUCUGACGAAGAAUCAGAGGAUGAGGUCGAGGAAUCAUGGACCUCCAACGUGAGCUCCAUGGAAGUUGACGCCGAGAUGGACGACGAAGAAACACAAGACCUCACCCUGACUCGCACAGCCUCGCGACAUUCUCCUCCCGAGUUGAGCCUCGACUCGGACUCGGACUCUGAAGAUGAAUCAAUGCCAUCUUCCCCACCUACAAUCUCAUUCGACGUGCUUAGCGAAAAGCAACGACAGGCCAUCGCCACCACCUCAUUCUACGAUGCCAAAGAAACACAAUCAUUAUCACCCGCAGAUUCAGAGACCUUUGUCCAAGAAGGUUUCUACCUCCCCUCGAGGCAACAGCCAACCAUAAUCGCUGCCUAUUGAGCAGGCUGAUUGACCGCCCUCGAGAUCUGAUUUGCGAGCGAUUUAUAUGAGCGUUUCUAGCGAACGGCAUUCUUUACGACAAAUACGAAUGAGCAUUGGCGCCCUGGGUUUUUUAAUUUCACAUUGGAAACAAAUACUCCAAUCAUGUCUACAUAUCUCUACGGAGAACUCCAUUCAGCAGCACCAGCCGAUCGAACACAAGGACAAAGGCACCAUCAAUCGUUUGCAGAAGCAGUAGUCGUGGCCUUUAGCGCCAGCCUGUGGAAGCAAUUCGCUUGAGCGGUAACCCAAGUCAAAGUCGUACGAUAAGCUAAUGCUCAAUGACUCUACUCAUGUACACUUUACUUUAGGUAGCUCUCCCUGCUUUCCAGGUCGAGACACUAAAAUAUGAUUAUAAUAUCUCAAACAAACACA